CAUUAUCAGUUUAUUUUUGUUUUGGUGUCAAAUUGAAAACUGAAAAAUUUAAAAACAAAAUCAAUCGCAACUAAAAAUUUAAAAUUUCCCUUAUAAAACAAUAUUUAUUGGUAAUAAACUGAACUUCUUACAAGCAUUAAACAUGGCCACGUCAGAUGCACCGGCAAAGUAUGCCUACAAAAUUCCCGAAAAGCUGAUCAAAACCCGAGCCGAUAUGGAAUUGUGGGAACGUUCAGAGGCAUAUUACGACGUGUUCGGUUUCAUCAGCAGUAUGUGUGUGGCCCUGCAGGGAACGAAACAGAGCCAACCUUUGGAGCUUAGUCCGAUUAUAGAGAAGUUGAUCGAGGCGUUGAAACGAUUGGAACAACUGGCAAUAGAAACUCCUCCCGUUGAUCAGCCGGCUCGUUUCGGAAACAUUGCCUUCCGGAGCUGGUUCCAAAAGAUGCAGGGCGAAACGGCCAAACUGAUUGAACAGGCGAUUCCUGAACAUCUGAAGGAUGCCGUCCCGGAGUUGAACGUAUACUUUCAGGAAUCAUUCGGCAAUGCAACCCGGAUCGAUUACGGAACGGGACAUGAAUUGUCCUUCAUCAUGUUCCUAAUGUGUUUGUUCAAAAUCGGGGCCAUCGAACGGAAGGAUGAGGUUGCCGUCGGAUUAAGGCUCUUUGUUCAGUACUUGAACUUUGUACGAAAGCUGCAAGUGACCUAUCGGAUGGAACCGGCUGGAAGUCACGGCGUGUGGAGUUUGGACGAUUUUCAGUUUGUUCCGUUCAUUUGGGGAAGCGCCCAGUUAGCUGUUAGGAGUCCGAUUGAGCCAGCCCAGUUUAUCGAGGAUAACAUAAUCGACGUCUACCGGAAGGAGUACAUGUUUGUGAGCUGUAUCGAUUAUAUCCGUCAGGUUAAAACUGGCCAUUUUGCGGAGCAUUCUAAUCAGCUGUGGAGCAUCAGUGCUGUGCCGUCGUGGGCAAAAAUCAGCACCGGUCUGAUCAAAAUGUACCAGAAAGAGGUCAUGUCCAAGUUUCCCGUGAUUCAGCACGUUUACUUUGGGUCUAUCCUCACGUUGACCCCGGUUAAACCAGGCAAAAUGCUUCCGAGUCCUCGUUUGGGAAUAUUGCCAAGAGUAAACUUGGCUACAGUGGCUGCUCCGCCGAAAUUUGAUGCCGCAGAGAGCAAAUAGGACACAUGGGACUUAUCUAUUGCUAUUUUGUGAAUCCGUUUCAAAUAAAAGUUCGAAUACUAAA